UUGAUUAAAAAAAUGGUAAAUUUUGUUUGAGUAUAUAGAAUUUCUGAAACAAAGAAUCUUCCCUCUAUUUCUCCCCAAUUUUCCAUCACCAUUUUUCCUCAAAUUUCUCUUCUUCUUCAUCCAGAAAAUGAAUCCCAAUCCCAACACCAACGAUUUCCCUCUCCUCUCCCACCUUCUUAACCACCUUGAUCCCCAAACACACCCACCCCUCCCCGCAGAGCUAGACCAAUCUCUAUUAACCCAAUUCCCUCACUUGAACCACCCCAGCGUGUUAUCCUCACUCGCCCGUCACGCCUCCACCCUCAACGUCACCCCCACACUCUCCCUCCUCCGCACCCUCGGCCCCCGCCCAGACCCCUCCGCUGUCGCCGCCGCGCGCGCCAGGAUCGCCGACCCCCACGCGCGCGAGGACGGCGGCGAGGCCCACGUGGUCCACGCGCUGGUGCGCGUGGACGACACGCACGAGGAGUGCGUGAAGCAGCUGAGAGCCUCCGAGAAAAAGCUCCUCGAGGCCUAUGCUGAAUCGGUGAAAGGGGUCGUUGAAGAAGUGAGCGAAGGAGUGGUUGGGGUAUUGAAGAAAGCGGAGAGUGAGGAAGUGGAAAGGGUUGAUCUCUCUGGGUCCCACUUGAGGAUUCUCCCCGAAGCGUUCGGGAAGAUUCGUGGCCUCGUUGUGCUUAAUUUGUCUCAGAAUCAGUUAGAGGUGAUUCCUGAUUCAAUAGCAGGACUACAGAGGCUUGUGGAGCUGGAUGUUUCAUCUAAUGUUUUAGAGUCCCUACCUGACUCUAUUGGAUUGUUGGUUAAUCUGAAGAUCUUUAAUGUGUCAGCAAACAAGCUAACUGCUCUUCCUGAAUCCAUUGCUCUUUGCAGGUCACUAGUCGAAUUGGAUGCAAGCUUUAACAACUUAAUGUGUCUGCCAACGAACAUGGGUUUUGGACUUGUUAACCUUGAGAAGCUCUUGAUCCAUUUGAACAAGAUACGAUUUCUUCCCGCCUCCAUUGGAGAAAUGAAAUCUCUCAGGCAUCUUGAUGUUCAUUUCAAUGAGCUUCAUGGCCUACCUCAAUCCAUUGGGAAACUCACAAAUCUGGAAUAUCUGAAUGUUAGCAGUAACUUUAGUGACAUGACAGAGCUACCUGAAACACUUGGUGAUCUGGUCAACUUAAGGGAGCUUGACCUCAGCAACAACCAAAUCCGAGCUCUUCCUUACUCGUUCGGUAGGCUUGAAAAAUUGACAAAGCUCAACCUGGACCAGAAUCCAAUCAUAGUUCCCCCAAUUGAGGUUGUAAAUCAAGGGGCUGAGGCUGUGAAGGAGUUCAUGGCCAAGUGGUGGCUCGAUCUCAUUGAAGAAGCUCAACAGAAAAGCAUGUCCGAAACACAAAAUCAGCAAGCACAGACAGGAUGGCUCGCAUGGGGAGCCUCAUUGUUGAAUAAUGUUGCUGAAGUUUCUGAAAGUGUUGCAGAAUAUUUUGGCGCUAAAAAAGCUCCUAGAGACCCAUGGUUGGAUCAACAGCUGUGAUACAAGAAUAUCUGGACUCUGCCUACAUACACUGGGUUUAUAAUUUCGUGGGAUGUAUAGUUUGUGAUAUAGCUUUUGGACUCUUGUUACCACUGUAAUCAAUACUUUUGUUUUUCAUCUUUUUUUUACUUGCAGUUAUACUUACACGGUAUAAUUUGUUUGGCAUUACUGUCUGAUCAGCACGUGGUUUGUAUGAGAUGGUAGAGAAGUACGUUGCUUGACCUGUACCUAAUUUUGUUUAAAUGCAAAAUUCCCUCUUAUGGUUAUUGAGAGA